CGCCGGUCACAAAGUGCAUACAACAGGUGAAAUUCAUCCUGCACUAGUGACUUAUUGUUGGGUGUUCAAAUUUGUUUUCAGACUUCGAAGCUAUCUGCUUCAUACGAGUCCCUGCAGGGUUGGUGGAAACUAGUUUUCACUUCAUAACUUUUUGGUUUCUCAGCACGAUCUUCGUGAGUUUUGAACUUUACCUUGGACGUUAUGGGCAAGUCGGAGGAAAAUGGAACCAUGGAAACAGCGGGUGCAGACGGAGUGGAAGGCGAGUUCAAGGGAGACGAGAACGAGGAGCGAGGGAACUGGAGUAACAAGAUGGACUUCGUACUGUCUUGUCUUGGUUACGCCGUAGGUCUAGGAAACGUCUGGAGAUUCCCUUAUCUGGCGUACAGAAACGGAGGAGGAGCCUUCCUCAUCCCAUACGUCAUCAUGUUGUUUUUCGCUGGUAUACCGCUCUUCUUUCUUGAGGUGUCACUUGGACAGUACUGCAGCCUGGGACCUAUCCGGUGCUGGAAAUCUGUGCCGCUCUUUAGAGGUAUCGGGUACUGCCAGAUGGUUACCGUAUUCUACGUCGGUAUUUACUACAACAUCAUCAUCACGUACACUGUGUACUACUUCGGUGUAUCCUUCACCUCCAAUCUACCGUGGGUCGGGUGUGGUAAUUCGUGGAACACCAAGUACUGCUACGACAACUACAGGCAAUGCAUCGACAACACCAGCAUCAUCACAGACACCAACAACACCUGCGUGCAUCUCGAAUCCCUGGACGAGCAAACGCUCAACGUGUUCGGCGUUGCUCGGAACACGUCGUACGAUGAGGGGGAAGCCAUGCGAUACGACCUGACAAACUACACCGAUCCGUUGCAGGCGGAGCGAAAACUGGCUAGCGAGGAAUAUUGGAAGGGAGCAGUCCUUCAGGAAUCCGAUUCAAUGAACGAUACCGAUGGGAUCAUCUGGCAGCUGCUCAUCUGCCUCUUCGUCUCCUGGCUCAUCGUCUAUCUGUGCUUGGUCAGGGGUAUCAAGUCCUCUGGAAAGGUGGUCUAUUUUACUGCCACUUUCCCAUACGUCGUGCUCGUCAUCCUUCUCGUCCGGGGUCUAACUCUGCCAGGAGCUUCAGAGGGAAUCCGUUUCUUUGUAACACCUGAUCUCAGCAAGCUCAGUGAUGCUGGGGUGUGGCAAGAUGCGGCCAUCCAGAUUUUCUAUUCUCUCAGCGCCGCUGGAGGAGGACUCACUACACUCGCAUCCUACAACAAAUUCCACAACAAUUGUUACGUAGAUUCGUUGUUUGUAGCCAUCGCUAACUGCUGUACCAGCGUCUUCGCCGGGUUUGUCAUCUUCUCCAUCGUCGGAUUCAUGGCCCAUGAACUCCAACAGCCCGUCGAAACCGUCGUAUCAGAAGGUUUUGGUCUUGCCUUCGUCGCGUACCCGGCAGCGGUGGCCCGUAUGCCCAUCUCCCCACUCUGGUCUGUUCUCUUCUUUGGCAUGUUGAUAACACUCGGACUGGACAGUCAGUUUGCCAUCAUGGAGAACCUUGUGACGAUGAUCUGUGAUGAGUUCCCUCAAACCCUCCGUAAGAGGAAGAACAAGGUCAUGUUGGUUGCCUGUGUUUCCAUGUUCUUCCUUGGAUUUACAUGCAUCACACAUACCGGAGGUUACUGGGUAGCCCACCUGGACAGCUAUGGUGCCUUCUUCAACUACCUGGUGUACGCUCUUCUCGAGUGCAUCGCCAUAGCUUGGUUCUACGGAAUCAAACGCUUCACCAACGACAUCCGAACAAUCGUGGGCAACGGAUGGGUCGACAACUUCACCUUUAACUGGUGGUCAGUCAACUGGAGUGCGUUCACACCAGGUCUGAUGGUGUUUGUCCUGUUCUUUAACUGGUUGCAAUGGGUGGAGCCGAGCUACAACGGACCCUUCCCGACCUGGGCCGUCAUCAUCGGCUGGUUGAUGACCACCAUGUCGCUCAUCUGGAUCCCAGUCGUCAUGAUCUUCGAGUUCCUCAGGGCUGAUGGAGAUCUUGCUCAGCGCUGGCGAGCGGUUUCCAACCCCACAGAAGAAUGGGGGCCUGCCCUCCCCAAGUUCAGACUCGAGGCAGCCAAGGUGCAUGAGGAAUACGGAACCAACAUGGGAGGCAGCUUGGCAGUCGAUGGAAGCGGUCGUCGGGUUAACAUCCAAGAAUUAGAGAUGGAAAAAAGUGCCUAGACGGUAAACAAGAGUGAUUACAGUAUGAGGAUAUGCACGUUCUGCUGAUAUGAACAUUAAAGAUCAAAUUUGAAAUUGAUAUUUCAAAUGAGUUUGAAAAUUCAAAUUCAAAUUAACAAAAAAUCUAAUUCAAAUUCACAUUCAAAUUCAUCUUCAACUUCAAAUUCGAAUUCAAAUUCAAAUAUAAAUCCAAAUCCAAGGUACACGAGAAAUUUGGAAGCAAAAUUGGCGAAGUAGGGGGGGGGGGGGGCUUGAGUUUAACCGUCGAUGGUGGCGAUCGCCGGAAGAAAAUAGGAUACAAUAAUUAUGAAGAAGGAGAAAAAAGGAAAGAACAGAGCAGGAUAUAAUGAUGGGGAAGAAAAAGAAGAAACACUGCAAAGAAAAAUGAGAGAAAAUGCGAUGAGCGGACAUCGGUUUGUAAUAAUCUUUAUAUAUACGUUUAUUGUUUGUUUGUUUAUUUGAAGUAAGCAUAAUAUUGUAUAAGUGUAUACCAUUUAGCAUUUCUGAAGAAAUAAAAACGUCUUUCAUGUAGAAGUAGAGGUAAGUAGUUGUAGUAGAUGUAUAGGUUUUGACUGGAGACAGUCAAUGUAUUCAUUUUAAAUAUUAUUUCGUUUCGAUUUUAAUGACGUCGUUAUACCUAUAUAUAUAUUAUUCGUUUUCAUUGUCUGUAGCGACAUAUUUGUUAUAAACCAUCUCGCAAUGAUCAAUUGCACAGUAACAGAAGCCGUUUACAUACUCUAGAUCAAUGAGGAUAAGUACUCAGGUUGUUAAAUUUUGCCGUAUGUUAGAAACAAGCCACGAGAAAGGAGGUUGGUAUUAUUAUUAUAAAAAAAGGGGUGAUAUAGCUUUUGUCUGAAAUCAGUUACUUCCCAGCUUACGAAUUGUAUUAAUCUUUAUCAACACUGAACCUUCCUUUUAAAAAUGAUAUCGUAUUUCAAUGUCUUUCAAAAUCAACUCUUUGUCGGGUUGGAAGGUGUGUGGUGAACUCGAAUUGUCUUGUAUAUUUUUGUACACAUGGUGUAGUAAAAAGGAAGUCUGAACUUGAUAUUUAUCACCAUUUAUCAUUUUAUACUUGUUGUAUUAUCUGGAAAUAAAUGGGAGAUUGGAUAAUUGA